CAUGGCCCUUGUUUCAGCUUGAUGUUAAGAAUGCAUUUCUCCAUGGGGAUCUUACAGAGGAAGUUUACAUGCAUCAACCUCCUGGCUUUGUUGCUUCUCACAACCCUGCACUUGUAUGUCGGUUGAAGAAGGCUCUUUAUGGACUCAAUCUCCACGUGCAUGGUUCGAAAAAUUUAUUCGGGCUCUCUUGGAGUUUGGCUUUGUUCGUAGUCAUGCUGAUCAUUCUCUCUUUAUAUGUCGUCGAUCGACGGGCAUCAUGGUUCUCAUUGUCUAUGUGGAUGAUAUUGUUUUGUCCGGUAGUGAUUCUGCUGGAAUGAGGGAGGUCAAAGAUUUUUUGAAGACCAAGUUUGAAAUCAAGGAUCUUGGUCCUCUUCGCUACUUCCUCGGAAUUGAAGUUGCUCGCUCAUCAUCCAAAUUGGUCUUGUCACAACAAAAAUAUGCGCUCGAUCUUCUCAUGGAGACCGGCAUGUUAGGGUGCAAGCCUGCUACCACUCCCAUGGAUACUUCACAGAAGCUUCGACCAGAUGAUGUUCUUCUCCUUACUGAUCCCGAGAUGUAUCGACGACUUGUAGGUCGGCUUAUUUACCUGACUAUUACUCGCCCAGAUCUCUCAUUUGCAGUGGAGGUUGUUAGCCAAUUCAUGCAAGCUCCCUGUACUUCUCAUCUCACGGCUGUCUACCGCAUACUUUGGUAUUUAAAAUCAACCCCGGGUCUUGGCCUCUACUUUCAGUUGCAUGGUCAUCUUCAUCUUUCUAGCUAUUCCGAUGCUGAUUGUACAGGUAGUACUUUUGAUCGCCGCUCUACAUCCGGCUUCUGUACCUUCCUAGGUGGCAAUCUUAUAACCUGGAAGAGCAAAAAGCAGCCAGUUGUUGCCCGGUCCUCGGCUGAAGCUGAAUAUCGUGCUAUGGCUCAUGCGACAUGUGAACUUAUGUGGCUUCGCAAUCUUCUUGAAGAACUUGGCUAUCCUCCUUCGGGUCCUAUUCCUCUUAACUGUGACAAUCAAGCGGCCAUCCAUAUUGCUCGUAACCCAAUUUUCCACAAGCGAACCAAGCAUAUUGAGGUUGACUGUCACUUUAUUCGGGAGAAAGUCGCUUCUAAGGAAAUUGUCACUCCUUUUGUUCGAUCUGGGGAUCAACUUGCUGAUGUUCUUACAAAAUCCUUGAGUCGAGAUGCUCUUCAUCGUGUUCGUGACAAGUUGGGCAUGAUCAACAUCUAUGCUCCAACUUGAGG